CCACCGGAUGUCGCCCAUGUGCUUUUCUCAACAAGCGCCAGUGAAAACGCAAGCAAACGAAGAAAAAAGCAACAACAAACGUAACUGGCAGUGGGCGUGCGGUGAGAAAUGAGUUCUCAUCUGCUGGUGUCCUGCAACUCUUCCCGUCAUGGAUCUCUCCUUCUGCUUCACUUUGGCCAGUCCUGGUGGCUCCGAACCUUCAGCACCAGAGCCCGCAUCGGCAGCACCCUUCGAGAGAGCUACCGGCUGCUGCAGCUUCCCGCAGACGAGUCUGUCAGCCCCGAGCGAGCGAAAGAGUCCUACUUGCGCCUGGCCAAGCUCUACCACCCGGACUCCGGCAUGCCCACCGCUGAUGCAGCCCUCUUUACUCGGGUGGAGGAGGCCUACCGCUCUGUGCUGGCUCACCACAGUGAGGCCCGGUGUCGAGAGGCGGUGCAGGAUGAGGACGAGGACCCGUCCACCGGUGCGGCCCCUCAGCACAGACACUACCUCAGCUAUGAGGGCGUGGGCUCUGGCACCCCCAGCCAACGCGAGCGCCAGUACCGCCAUUUCCGUGCCGACAGGGCCGCGGAGCAAGUUACGGAUUACCGGCAGAGGGAGCACGAGAGAGCGGCGGCGGCCGAAGGGGCGCUGGUGGAGCGGGAUGUGCGGCAGCGCAGUAGGAGUAUCAAAAUCACUCAAGCGGUGGAGCGGCUGGUGGAGGAUCUAAUCCAGGAGUCCAUGGCCCGGGGGGACUUCCGCAAUUUAAGUGGCGCCGGAAAGCCGCUCAACAAGUUCCAACGCAACCCCUACGCCGACCCCAUGACGCACAACCUCAAUCGCAUCCUCUUGGACAACGGCUACCAGCCACCUUGGGCGCUCACGCAGCGGGACAUCCGCGAGGCCGCCGAUCGCAUCCGUGGUCGGUUGCUGGACGGACGGGUCGGGCUGGGCGAAGCCCUCGGCCCGACAGAGCGCCUCCGCUGGGAGGAGCUGUGCGCUCACGCCGAGGAAGAGCUGGCCAAAGUCAACAAGAAGGUGGACAGCUACAACCUGAUUGUUCCAAUGCUCCACAUGCAAAUGGUACAUUUCAGCCUGGCGCGCGAGGUGCGGCGCGCAGAGGAGGCGGCCGGACGGCGCCGAGUUGAACGACUGCAGAGGAGGAAGGAGGAGAGGAAGCGGCUCAAUGCCGCCUAUAUCGCUGCCAAGUCUGCAGGCGCCAAGCGAGGACUGCUGUCGUGGAUGCAGAGUUGGCUCAAAUGAAUUGCACCAAACUUGACUUCAUCUUCUUUUUCUGUUUUUAAGCCUUGAGUUUAUUGAGCAGCAAUGCUUGACUGUUGUUGCAUAAUUCUUUUUUUUAUUUUUUAUUUUUAUUGUGAGCGCGGUUCACUGCUGAUUUUCCACCUCUGUCGCCGGGUUACAGAUGACCACCGACGAUGACACCCGAGCCGCGGCGGCCGUAGACGGCGUUCGCUUCCGGCUCCAGUCUUGGGCUAUGUACUCCUGGUACGGGUCCUGGGAGCCCUCCAGUUUCCUGGAGCGGAUGAAACGAAACAUGACCGCGAAGGAGAAGAAGCUGAACAUGCCAAACACCAGCAGGAUGUAGAAGACUCCUUGGAAUGUGGCGGACGUGUUGGCGUGGCUCUGCGGAGAUUGCGCAGUGGUUCUGUUGAGGCAUUGAUGCAACCAGGACAGCAGCAGGGAACUCAAAUCGGUGGCGUUGAUGUCAGACAUGGUCGCCUCCUGCUGCAAGGUGAGCAGUGAGUACAAGUUUUUGUAUCCUGGGGAAAAUGUUUGUAUGUAUUGUGGCUAUGAGAGUCUUUCCUAAUCUAACUCAUCGAUUCUAAAAGGAGAUAGCAGCAGCCCUAGUAUAUACGGAUAGUAAUAACGAACAUCACAACAAUAUUACAAUGGCUAGAUUUAAAAAAACGUUAAAUAAAAGGCAUACUUUUUUCAAAUGAGAGACAUUUUUAAUAGCCACACAGCCCAUUCAACAAUAUACCACAACAAAUCAAAUUGGUUAAUGACAAAAAAUAUAUAUAUAUAUAUCCUUUCAAUUGAAAUGAUUUUUCCCAAAGGUCCCUGAAUGUUUAUCAUCUUAUAUAUAUAUAUGAUAAGAAAAUAGAUUCAUGAAUUUAUAGAGAUAGAAUUUCCACAAAUUUAAGCAAUUCUAUUUUGGUAAGAAGACUUUUAUUUUAAAUGUUGAUCUCCUAAACUAACAUCCUUGUAAUGUAAACCAAAGUCAAUGAGAUAACAAAGUUGUAAUAAAGCACUCAUCAGCUUA